UUAAUUUGGCCCGUUUGCAUUUUUUUCUAAAUUGCGAAUUGCUGCUUAUUUGUGAUAUUUCUAUUGCCGCUGGUAAAAUGAAUUCAGAAAAAGAACAUGCAGAUGAACAAAAUUUAAAUAGAGACUCAAUUCAGGCACAAACCUUAAGAAAAUCGUGCCGUAUUCCACGUAAAAUUAUUUGGAAUCCGUCCCCUGAGAAGGAAACUUUUCGUACAGUUGUUGUAAACUAUCAUUUUGGUAACAGGCGGAAGAGUCCUGGUUCUAACGUUAAGAAACGUGAUACCUGGAGUCAAAUGAUUGCCGCUUUAAAUGCUAAAAAGGAAUUGAAAACCGAAGAAGAAGGGGGAGAUGUUUACAAUCUACGUGGGCUUUAUCAGAUGUCUGUAGAUGAACUCGUGACCGAUACUAGUUCAACAAUUUGCGAGCCACGUACUUCCAAGACCGUAAUGCCUCCUAUGUGUUGCAAAAAAAGUGUUUCAAACGAAGAAAGCCGUCAAAGUAUUAAGGUUGAAAUUUAUAACAUGCCACCGCGACAAGAAGUGGAAAGUGAAGACCAUCAAAAGAGCCAAUUAUCUAAAUCUGAUAUGAGUUGCAAUCGUCCGUUGAUAACAACUUCUAACGAAAAUUCAAAAUCUGAUUCCUGUUGUACAUGUACUACACGAUCGAUUAAAAGCGAUCAUAGUUCCCAUACGGUUAAAGUGGAAAUAUUUAAUUUACCGCCGCUCCAAGAAGCUCAUGCCGAAGACACGAAACCUAAAAUUGGUCAAAUUUUAUCACAAGAUGCCGAAAUUAUUGUCAUAAGCGAUGAAGAUGAGGAAGAAGAGUUAAUGAACAGAAAGCCGGAAACAUCAAUUUUAGACGUGAAGCCCGCUCAGCAAGAUAUAGUGAAGGCGCUAAAAAAAUUAGCAGAAGCUGCACAAACUACAUGUGAUAUCUGUGUGAGUGCCAGCAAAUCAACUCAAAAACCUGAAUCUCGUAUAGAAGUGCCGACGCAAACAAUUCCAUCAAUUAAAAUGGAACAAAAAAUAAAUCAAAUGCCGUCAUCUUCAUCGCCGAAAAUGAACGGAAAAUCUACUUCUCCCACCUUCAAACAGCGUCAAUUGGAGUUACAUCGCUUAAGAGUGCAGGUAGAAAAAAAGCGUUUGCAGUUACUUGAAAUGAAACUGGAUAGAGAGCGGGAUGAAACUACACGUGAACGCUUAUUAUUUGAAAAAGAAUUGGACAUGAGAAGGUCACUCUUCAAAAAUUUGUUAGAUGAAAAGGAUGCGUAA